GAGCAACCGACAAUUAUUACAAUAUAACUUCGCAACGCCAAAUUCAUUCGCCGGAUACGGAUAUUUGGUUGAAAACUUUGGACCUAUGAUAGCAGUUGAUUCCUUUUGAGCUAGCGAUAAGUCGCAUCUCAUUAUGGUUUCUCUGUUGUCUUCAAUUCGGGCGCCUGCCCCCGCCACAGCCUCGAAAUCCCCCAAACCACUCAUCCGACCAACAACCACAGGAAAGCGCCGCAAGAUCGAGGACAUCGAUUUCGACGAUGAAAUUGCCGCCGAUUCGAAUCCUCCUAAGAAGCCUCGAGUUACCUUUAACCCCGACGUCGAGAAACGCGAGAUUGUCGAGUAUUCCGCCAAAGGGCGAAGCCUAGACAAGAUACGCACAGAGGUCCGUCGGGCACUUGAGAGUUAUGCGAAGGGCGACAACGAAGGCUAUACUAUACUCCGAGCAGUGUUUUCCCGUCGACAGGAGAAUGAUGACGAGGAUGAGGAUGAGCAGGAGGAUGAGGAUGAGGUAGAGCAGCGGCUGGAGAUUAGGUCAUAUGUCAUUGCGCUCACCGGUUAUGCGUCGCAUCUGGAUAAGUCUUGCUCAACGCUGGUCACGGAUAUACUACAUUGUGAAUGGAUGGGUAGAGAUGAGGCCUUUAUCAAGUCAUACAUCAAAUUUCUCGGUAGUUUGGCUAGUGCACAGGGUGCGUAUGUGGGAAAAGUCCUCGAAAUGCUGGUCGGAUACUUCGCUGGAAGUAAGUAUAUCCUGUAUAUGGGCACAUCUUAAUGAGCAUUUCUGAUCUUUACAGUCCGAUUUUCGAGCGGCCGUCUUCCUGGUCAUCCGGACGUAAAACGCGACGAAAUGGCAUCGAGAGUUCAUGGCGCACUCAAAUACCUCCUCCAUCUUAUCCCAUCUGCCAGUGGAAUCAUCUCUCCAAUCCUUUCCAUUAGAUUCCCCGACCCCGAAGAUUCGAAAAGUCUUCACGUCCAUUUUGUUCGCAAUCUUUUUCGCUUGAUGGAAUACGCACCAGAGUUGAAGUCUGAUAUCUUUGCUCUAGUCACGGAGAAAAUUGUCAAUAUUGAUGUAAAAAUGCAAUUGCGAUUAGAGGACGAGGACGAAAUUGCUACGGCAGUUAUGAAAGCUAUUACAAUGAGUGGAAAAGGCACCAACGAAACUGGGGACGAUGGCACCGAUAGUGAUGAGGACUCUCUUACCAGCGAUGACGAUGACGAUCUCGAAAGCGAUUCGAGAAAAAUCCAGCAAGCUCAGUCCCAGGUCGAAAAAAUGGAUGCUAUGCUCGACAUACUUUUCACCAUGUAUAGCCCUUAUUUUACGGAUACGCACAGUCACGAAGCAAUCUCCACGUUUGAGAUGUUACUGACGCAUUUUGCCAAUAUCAUCCUACCGACCUAUCGAUCUCGCCACACACAGUUUCUUCUUUUUCACUUUGCACAACGCGGAGAUCAUCUUGUCGACCAAUUCUGUGGUACUUGUGUUCAAUUAACAUUCGAGUCGAGUAGACCAGCGGUCCUCCGAAAUUCUGCGGCUUCUUAUCUUGCCAGUUUUGUCUCUCGGGGCAAACAAGUAGCUGGACACGUUGUACGGACAGUAUUUGAACUUAUUGGCAACAAUCUAGAGAUUACUCGAAUCGAGAAUGAGCUCACUUGUCGCGGUCCUGAUCUUCGACGGUACGGUACUUUCUACGCUAUGACGCAAGCUCUUUUGUACAUAUUCUGUUUCAGAUGGCGAGAUCUACUGGUCAACGAGACAGACGAGGAUGAUGUUGAUUCAUUUCUCAACGAGAACUUAGAGUGGAUACCGGGAGUCAAAAAUACCCUUCACAACGUUAUCUACUCGAAGCUCAACCCCCUCAAGGUCUGCUCUCCGAAUAUUGUCGACGAAUUUGCCAGGAUCGCCCUGCACCUUAAAUUCAUGUAUGUCUUUCCACUUUUGGAGGCCAACAAGCGAAUUCGACUCAGUCAAUUUGCUCUUGGUGUUGGUAGUGGUGCGCUUCGAGAUGUUGGAGGCUCGAGUAAUGACAGUUACCAUCAAUUGGAGACACAUUUUCCAUUCGACCCUUACUAUCUGCCCAAAAGCAGAGUCUGGGUUGAUGAUGAUUAUGUCGAAUGGCAGGCUAUCCCCGGAUUGGACGUAGAAGAGGAUAGUGAUGAUGAAUCGGGUGAAGAAGAAGAGGAAGAUAUUGAGGUCGUGGACGACGAUACAGCGACUGAUGACGAUAAAUGAUUGGGAGGGAAUUGGAGCGAUAUUUGGAUUUGUUUGGCGUUUUUGGGAAGGGACUGGGCUCUGUUGGGCUCGGCUAGAUUUGGAGUUUUGCGGAGUAUUUUGCAAUGAUCGAAAAUGAUCAAUUGGCGUUAGGGGAUGGGAGGAAGGGUGAAUACUCUUGAUCUGUAUUGGCAUUUGCGUUUUGCAUUUUGCAUUGGCAAUUGAGAAGGUACGAUAUGGGGCGCUGAGGAAAGAUGUCUAUAUCCUUGAUAUAGCAUUGGAAUCUUCGGGUUUCCCACUUCCAGUAUUAGAGUGAGAAGGUUCAGGACGAACGGACGGACGGGAAAAUAUUUGGGCCAAGAUUUCAUUCACAUGGCUUUUUGUGAAUCGUUGGGUUGGGGGAGGGGUGGAACAAUGCUGGCUUGCUUUCUGAUGAUGAGUUGAGCUGAGCGAGAGGUUAUUGGUUAUUGGUGGUUGGUAGUUCGAGUGGGUACCUUACCUACUCUACUACUCCAGUAUAGCGAAGAUCUAGUUAGGGAAAAAAUGGAAAAAUAA